AAUCAACAACCCUCUACAGCGGGAAAAGUUUCAAGGCGCUUUCGAGAAGUAGCCGGCAAGUUCUACCGCAGUUUCGGGUGGGGUGUGUAAAAUCAACGCCCGCAGCGCCGCUACGCACACAUCACCACUUCCACCCUCCACGACGGUAGUAGAAGUAAAUCGGUUUCUAUGUGCGCGCGCGGUGCUCGCAGCGUCAGUUCACGCGUCGCUGUGCGUCGCCGCUAGCCGCAGCGGUCGUGCCGUGCCUUUCACCGCCGCCUCCCAAAGAAAAACGCGGCGCCGAAGGCCUUAAUCCACCCAGUGCAUCGCAUUCAAAAAAACCCCACAACCAACGCAUCCUCAGAUAACCAGUAUAAACAAGCGGCGAGAACAAAAGCGUAACGAAAACAAAAGUUGAGUCACAAUGCAGGUUUGGACCACUAGUACCCAGACAAUAAACUAACCUCGAAUACUUCAAACCUUGACCAUUCGCUUGGUGCGCUCCUUGAUGAGUUCAUGAGUGGCGGCGAUGGUGAUCGCAACCGACCGCCGCUCGCAUUCUUUCUACCAUCGCACGCGGAUUGAAUGGCGCAGGCGACGCGCGUUGUAUUCGCAUUGAUCAAUUCCCGAUGGCGCCGACAAUUUACACGCAGUACGGCGUCGCGAUGGUCGCGAUCUUCUUCUUCAUCUUUUGGUGUUCGCUCUGGCUGCUGCACCUGCUAGCAAUCAUCUAUGGCAAAUUUCGGUUGCACCAGAAACCCAAGCCACAGUUGGGUGAUGCUGUACCUUUGCCUGGUGUGACAAUACUCAAGCCAUUGCUUGGCAUUGAUUCCAAUCUGUCUUCUAAUUUGGAGACUUUUUUUAAGAUGGAUUAUCCAAAGUAUGAGAUAAUGUUCUGUAUAGAAGAUGACACAGACCCAGCAAUAAUGGUUGUAAAAAGCCUGAUGGACAAGUAUCCGUCAGUCGACGCAAACUUGUUUAUUGGGGGAUCUUGUGUGGGUGUUAAUCCAAAGAUUAAUAAUUUACAUAAAGCCUAUGAGGCAGCUAGUUAUGAGUUUAUAUUAAUUUCUGACAGUGGAAUACGUAUGAAAGAGGACACGCUGCAGGACAUGAUGAGUUUCAUGUCGGAGGGAACCGCGCUCGUCCAUCAGAUGCCUUUCACGCAGGAUCGCGAAGGCUUCGCAGCGACCUUGGAGAAGAUCUAUUUCGGCACUGCCCAAUCACGAAUUUAUCUUGUCGCUGAUUUACUACGCGUGAAUUGUCACACUGGAAUGUCUGGUUUGAUGCGUAAAGCCGCACUGGAUGAGGAAGGCGGGCUGAAAACAUUCGGAUGUUAUCUGGCGGAGGAUUUUUUCAUUGCGAAGAGUUUCAAAGAUCGCAAAUGGCGGAUACGCAUCUGCAGCCAGCCGGCGCUGCAGAAUUCGGGCAUAUGCGAGGUGAACAUGUUCCAAGCGCGGCUCACAAGGUGGGCUAAAUUGCGCAUGGCGAUGUUACCUACGAUUAUUUUCUUUGAGCCACUCUCGGAGUGUAUGCUCAUCGGCGCGCUGGCGGCGUGGGCGGUGAGUGUGCUUUUCAAGUGGGACUCACUCUGCUUCUACUUGAUUCACAUUCUACUUUGGUUUAUGUGUGAUUGGCUGUUAUUAUCCAUUGUUCAAAAUGGAACAUUGCCAUUUAAUAAAUUCGAUUUUGUUGUUGGCUGGCUGUUCCGCGAGUGCUCGGGGCCGUGCCUCUUCCUGCACGCGCUCUUUAAUCCGGCGAUUCGCUGGCGGUCGCGUGAAUUCCGACUCGCGUGGGGCGGCAUCGCCGAAGAGAUAAAACCCGCGCGCGUCGACAGCUACCGCAUCCACAAGCCAUACCUGAUUAAUUAGGCGCGCUUCACCAAUGCUCAGUCUUACGGAUACAAAUUUUAUAAAUUUGCAUAAUGGAUCUCAGUUUUUAGAGACUUAGGAGAUACAAUAAACGAUGCCCAGGAACAAUUUCUAGCCAUGCAGCAGCAAGCAUCAAAGCUUCGAUUGUGUGCGUAGGAAAUAGUUUUCAGACAUAUCAGAGGAGACGCGUGCGGAUUGAUUUUGUCCCGGAAAGCGACAAAAAACAGGUCAAUAACGGACACAGCGUAAUGUACAUACUCUCACAGGAUAGUAUUUAAAGAUUCAUCUAGCCAUUCAAUACGAUCGCCGACGAAAUUCAUUCAGUGGCUUUAAAUAGACGCAGAAUCAUACAAAUGAGCGCUUUUCACUUACUUAACUUGUUUUUUUGCUGCAUUACAUUAAGUUCCGCAUCACAAUGUAAACUUGUUGAUGAUUAUUCGAUGCGGAAUUUAAUCUCGAAUAGAACGCAGUAAUAUUUAUUAUUUUAGCAUGUUGCGUUUGUGAGUUAUCAGUGAAUAACUACCGAAACAACAUGGCGCUGAUAUUUUAUUUCUAUUUCUAUUUAUUUUGCCAAAACUUGAACCAAACUUUGAGUUUUUUUUGCGUCGAUGGUUGUGCUUAAUUAAGAUUAGCAUGUAAAUUAUGCAAAAAACAUACAUCUGGGUCCAAAAAACACACGAUAAAUUAAUUGGGAGACGGACGAACUAAUGAAUUACAGGAAUUAACUGAAUUUAAAAACACUAGUCGAAUAAUGAAUGUCUUCAUAAAGAAUUUAAUGGUCGAAGUUUUGGCGUCACAAUGAUUGUGAUAUCAACAUACUCCUAUAAUAUACGCAUGAUAAGUUAAAACAAAGGGAAAAACUAAUACUAAUUGGCUGUAUUGUUCAGAAAACAUAACUUUUGCAUGCGCUUUGCGCGACUUGUACUUUUAUAAAUACGGAUUACCGCCAUUGCCGACUGGCGGGAGUCAAUAACCAUCAUAUGAAAAUGAAAUGGCUUAGAACACUAGGUGCGACUGUAGGGGAGUUGUUCCGCAAUCGGAUUAAUUAAUCAUUAAUCUGAGUGCGCGCGCUUGGUACGUUUCGCGUUGCAGUGGUUCUUAUAAUGGCGUUAGAAUGUGACAUUCGGCUCACGCUUUUGUACCACCCCAAAAAUCAUACUCUGUCAGAAAAAGAGUACAUACAUUGUAAAUUUGAACUAACUUGUACAUUCGUAGCUAGCUUUAUUAUUAUUACGGUAAUUAAGCGACAAUGCCCAACAAAUACAUACAAAAAGUAAAAGAA